AUGGAAUCCUCGGAGAAGGUCGUCAUCGCUUUCGAUCUGUACGGGACACUACUGUCCACCGAUUCCAUAGCCGAUGAGUUAGCCACGAUCUACGGAGGAGACAAAGCGCAAUCCUUAGCGACAGUUUGGCGGCGAUAUCAACUCGAAUACACGUGGAGGAUCAACAGCAUGGGACAGUACAAGUCGUUCAGCGAAAUCACCCGCAAUGCACUUGCUCAUGCUGUGGCUGAACAUGGGUUGACCCUCGCCGUUAGCGACGCUGCUAGGCUCAUGACUGCAUAUGACGCGCUCCAUGUUUUCCCUGAGAUCCCAGCAGCAAUGAAAUUGCUCCAGGGGAACAAGGACGCCGUGAGUGCGCACAUAUUCUCAAACGGCACUGAUCAAAUGGUCGGCAGCUCCAUCCGUACUUCACCUGAAUUGUCGCCUCAUGCCGAUAUAUUCCAGUCACUUAUUACGGUCGAUGGGCUGCGAUGUUUUAAGCCGGACCCAAGGACAUAUGCACAUCUAGUGGAGCAAAGUGGCAAGAAAGGCCACCCGGGAGACGUCUGGGUUGUAAGCGCAAAUCCCUUCGACGUUGCCGGUGCUAAGGCCGCCGGUCUCAAGAGCGCCUUCAUCGAUCGUCAAGGCCAGGGCUGGAUUGAUCGACUAGACGAGAUGUAUAUGCCUACACUGAUUGCAGGCGGUGUGGAUCAAGCAAUCAAGUCUAUUCUGAACUAUUAG